CUAUCUAUUUAAAUCCAACUAUCUAUAUUGAUUAAAUGUAUUCAGUUUAUCUUUAUUUAUAUAUAAUAUUUAUAUAAUUCCAAAAAGUCACCCAAAGAUCUAUUUUCCUUAUUUAUUUUUCCUCUUCUACAGUUUUUGUAAUUAUUCGUGACUAUUUGUCUUUGGUGAGAACUAGAUCUUCACUAGCAUUCACAGAAGGAAUAGAUGUGAUUCUUAAAGUCUAAGACGAAGGGGUGAAAUAAGGACACGAGACACUACCUGCCCUACAUGAUGGGUGACAGGCUGGCACUUUCCCACAAAACUGAUAAUAACUGAAUAACCAUAUCAGUGUCCCUGGACUCAAGCUCCCCCUCAAAUGAUGAAAGCUCUAUAAAUAAUCACUAAAUAACAUAUAAAAGAGGGUGUUCACAGACUGAGUCGCAUAAAGUACUACUGCAACUACUACUACUAUUACUACUACUGAGAGGUAAGGAGCAAUGUUAAAGAUGAGGGCUGUCAUCACACUGCUGGUACUGCUGCUCUCCAUGUGUGGAUCACAGACUCGGAGCACCCAGACUGAAGAUCACACAGAGAGCCAGAGCACUGGGGCUGCUGCUGCUGCUGCUGAAGUUUCUACCCAGCUGGACGUCUCUGCUGAGCUCAGGGAACUCAGAGACAUGGUAGUGGAGCUGAGGGUGACUCUGAGAUUCACUCAGAAUGAUCUAAGAAACACCAAAGACCUGCUGUACAAAAUAGAGACAGAAAAUGAUGCCCAAGACAGAGAGAUGACAGCUGUGACGACUGAAAUGAAGAACCUGAUCAAGGACAAUUUAGCACAAGAUUCAGAGCUGACAGAUGUGGAGACCAGACUGGCUGUAAGUGAAAUUGAAGUGGUGAAUUUGGGGAAGGAAGCUGCAGCACAGACAGCUGAUCUGAAGUCAGCAACUGAGAGACUAGCAGCCACUGAGACUGACAUGGAGGCCGUGAAGAAAGACACUGCAGAUCAACACACAGACCUGACCACUAUGAAGACUGAAGUGAUGAACCUGAAGAUGGAACUGUCUGCCAGUGAGACUGAGGUGGAGAAACUCAAGAUGGAAGACGCAGCACAAGAUUCAGAGCUGACAGAUGUGAAGACCAGACUGACUGCCAGUGAGACUGAGGUGGAGACACUCAAGAUGGAACAAGCAGCACAAGAGGCAGAACUGACAGCAGUGAAGACCAGACUGGCAGCCACUGAGACUGAAGUGGUGAAUCUGAGGAAGGAAGAUGCAGCACAGACAGCUGAUCUGAGGUCAGUUACUGAGAGACUGGCAGUCACUGAGACUGACAUGGAGGCCGUGAAGAAUGGCACUGCAGCACAACACACAGACCUGACCACUAUGAAGACUGAAAUGAUGAACGUGAACAAGGAACAAGCAGCACAAGAGGCAGAACUGGUAGUGCUGAAGACAAGGAUGGACACUGGUGAAGUGCAAGUGGAGACCAGAUUGUCUGCUAGUGAGACUGAGGUGGAGAAACUCAAGAUGGAAGAUGCAGCACAAGAUUCAGAGCUGACAGAUGUGAAAACCAGACUGACUGCAAGUGAAACUGAAGUAGUGAAUCUGAGGAAGGAAGAUGCAGCACAGACAGCUGAUCUGAGGUCAGUUACUGAGAGACUGGGAGCCACUGAGAAUGACAUGGAGGCUGUGAAGAAUGGCACUGCAGCACAACACACAGACCUGACCACUAUGAAGACUGAAGUGAUGAACCUGAAGAUGGAACUGUCUGCCACAACUCAGUCAGACGUUUCCGGCAAUAGACCCUUCGCAACCAGUUACUUGUGA